CUUCACUCCGGUGUCAUUACUGCUUCCUCUCAAGCUGUGUAACAGUGCUUGCAACCAUUGAACGAGGGUAAAGCCAGUCCGCACAGUAUGGCGUCCUUAUUACGAGGAAGUCUCCUGCGAUCUUCGCGCGCCGCAACAGUCCUCACCCCCGCGCUUCGUCGCAGCUACGCAAAGACGCCCGGUCUGUGGCAGGAGACCAAGACGGAGGAGGUGCGGAAGGGACUCGAGACCUCAGCAAGACCUACACAAGUCCCUAUUUCUAGUGAUUCCUCUAUCUUAGCCGACCGAAUUGAGAAGUUCGAACAUGACGAUCCUCACUUCGCCCCGGACAGCAGCCCCAAAGAGGCCGAGGUGGUGGAGGUUCCCGAAAACUCGGCAACACAUAUAAAAGGCCUUACUUCCAAUGGCUCUACGCCCGCAGAUUCUCAGUCCUUGUUGGACCUGGCCGGCGGGCCCAUUGACUAUGACCCUAAUGAUCCUCGGCUACUCGGAGAUGCGCGAAUCCCCAUAGAAAUUAAAAGUGAUGAUAUCCAAUACAUUCGGGUCGACGAAGAUCGUCUCAUCAUAAAGCAACACGGCCGGAAGGCCUUUACAGUUCUCUAUCACACGCUGCGCGACGCAUGCCGGUGUACAACUUGCGUGGAUUCGUCCACUAAGCAACGCAACUUCCGGACCACCGACAUCCCGCUUGAUAUCAAGCCGCAGAGUAUUCGCGUUCUCGGUAAGCUCGUGACGAUAUACUGGGACGAAACGGCUGAAAGAGGUGGGAUCCACAAGUCGUCUUACACCAUUAACCUCAUGAAAAAUGGUGUCCUUGGCCCGCUUUUACAGAGUGCCGCCAGUGUGAGAAGGUGGCGACAUCUGUGGAAUCGCAAGGAAAUCGAGAAAAUUGUGCACUGGAUUGAUUACCGAGACUACAUGCAGGAGGGCGAAGAGUUCGCCCGCGCCCUGCAGAGCCUGGCCGAAACAGGCCUCAUCUUCGUCAAGAAUAUCCCGGAGUCUCGCUCGGAGGUCGAGAAGCUGGCGACUCGGCUCGGUCCCCUUCGCAACACCUUCUACGGCCCGACCUGGGAUGUGCGCAACAAGCCCAAUGCCGAGAAUGUCGCCUAUACGAACCAGUUCCUCAACUUCCACAUGGACCUGAUGUACAUGAACGAGCCGCCCGGAUACCAGCUCCUGCACUGCCUGAAAAAUUCCUGCGACGGCGGCGAGUCGCUCUUCGCCGACACCUUCCACGUGGCGCGCUCGAUGUACAAAUCCAAGCGCCCGUUGUGGAAAGCCCUCACCAAGAUGCACCUGACCUACGAGUACAACCACGAGAACCACUUCUACACCAACACCUGGCCCGUCUUCCAGCUGGAACAGCCGCCGCCCCCGGAGGGCGUCAUGCGUCGCGUGACCCGCGUCCACUAUUCGCCCCCCUUCCAGGGCCGCGUCACGGACCGCUACGCCGACCCGCAGGAAUGGGCCCUCGCCACGCGCGCGCUGAAGUACUUCGCCCAAAAGCUCGAGGAUCCGAGGAACGCCUUCGAGCUCAAGCUUGACCCCGGCCAGUGCGUCAUCUUCGAGAACACCCGCGUCGUGCACGCCCGCCGCGCCUUCAACACCAACCAGGGCGACCGCUGGCUGGCCGGUGCCUACGUCGACGAGGAUGCGGUGCUCUCGCGCAUCCGCACCGCCGCGCGCAGCCAGGCUCAUCGCGGUCUCUGGCUGAAUCGAAAUUACGGGCCCAUGCUGCCCAAGGGACCGGACCAAGCAGAGCGCAACAAGAACCCUGACGCGUGGCAAAUGAAUAUUUGGAACAGGAGUCAAGUAGGAGGUUCGUUUCAUUAAAGGGAUUUCUCAUUCUGGGCCCUCGUGGCGUAGCAUACAUAGCGUCUUUGAAUUUGGAUUUAGCUUG